AUGUCUGGUAUGCUUGCUACUAGUGGGUUUGGAUGGAAUGAUACUCAAAAAAGAAUUGACGUAGAGAGUGAUAGUGUUUGGGAGGCAUAUGUUUGGAGAGACAAUGAUGCAAAACACCUGAGGAACAAAACUUUCCGACAUUUCGAUGAAUGGAUUCAAAUAUUUAGCAAAAAUCUAGCUACAAGAGAGUUUGCUGAAGGCCUUGCUGAUGCAGUUGAGGCUAUGAAUGCUGAGGAAGAUGUGUUGUUGCAUGGUCUUGCAGAUAAUGACACUUUUCUGGAACAAAUGGGAUUAAAUAGUCAGAUUGGUGAAGCAAUGGAUUAUUCAAACUUAGCAACUCAACGGCCUUCUGAUAGUUCUACCAAAAAGAAAGACAAGAAAAGACCUAGAGCCAAUGAUGAAGUAGUUGAAGGGCUGACCAUGUUUGCUGACAAGUUGGUAGAUGUCUUAGGAACAACCAAUGAUAAGCUAGAAUUCAUUGGAAAAAUAAUGGGGUAUUCACAUGAUCUUGCAUCUAAACGGGCAUCACUAAACAAUGAACUUAGGAAGUUGCCAAUUACUAUAGAUGAAAGGUUAGAUGCUUAUGAAAUCAUAUCCCAUGAUGUCCAAAAGCUUGACAUGUUCUUCAGCUUGACACAUGAUGAUAGGCUAAGGUAG